AGGGAAAGUUUGUUACCUUCCCUAAGUGUUGGCUAUAGAAGGCACCGGUGGCAGAAGAACAGACAGUUCUUUGAGCUACAAAAAGAUCACUUGCGUGACAUCUGCCCUGUCAAGUGUUCAUGAUGCUGGGCCCUGAGGGAGGUGAAGGCUAUGUGGUCAAACUCCGCGGCCUACCCUGGUCCUGCUCAAUUGAGGACGUACAAAACUUCCUCUCCGACUGCACAAUUCAUGAUGGGGUCGCAGGUGUUCAUUUCAUUUAUACUAGAGAAGGCAGGCAGAGUGGUGAGGCUUUUGUUGAACUUGAGUCAGAAGAUGAUGUAAAAUUGGCUCUGAAAAAAGACAGGGAAAGCAUGGGACACCGGUAUAUUGAGGUGUUCAAGUCACACAGAACCGAGAUGGAUUGGGUGUUGAAGCACAGUGGUCCAAACAGCGCCGACAGUGCCAAUGAUGGCUUUGUGAGGCUUCGGGGACUCCCAUUUGGAUGCACAAAGGAAGAAAUCGUUCAGUUCUUCUCAGGGUUGGAAAUUGUGCCAAACGGGAUCACAUUACCUGUGGACCCGGAGGGCAAGAUUACAGGGGAGGCCUUCGUUCAGUUUGCCUCACAAGAGUUAGCGGAGAAAGCUCUAGGGAAGCACAAGGAGAGAAUAGGGCACAGGUAUAUUGAGGUUUUCAAGAGUAGCCAGGAGGAAGUUAGGUCAUACUCAGACCCACCUCUGAAGUUUAUGUCUGUGCAGAGGCCUGGGCCCUAUGACCGGCCUGGCACAGCCCGGAGGUACAUUGGCAUUGUGAAACAGGCAGGCCUGGAUAGGAUGAGGUCUGGUGCCUAUAGUGCAGGCUAUGGGGGCUAUGAAGAAUACAGUGGCCUCAGUGAUGGCUAUGGCUUCACUACUGACCUGUUUGGGAGAGACCUCAGCUACUGUCUGUCAGGAAUGUAUGACCACAGAUAUGGAGACAGCGAGUUCACAGUGCAGAGCACCACCGGCCACUGCGUCCACAUGAGAGGGCUGCCCUACAAAGCAACAGAGAACGACAUUUACAACUUCUUCUCUCCACUCAACCCUGUGAGAGUUCAUAUUGAGAUUGGCCCUGAUGGAAGAGUGACGGGAGAAGCUGAUGUUGAGUUUGCCACCCAUGAAGAAGCAGUGGCAGCUAUGUCCAAGGACAGGGCCAACAUGCAGCACAGAUACAUAGAACUCUUCCUGAAUUCAACAACAGGGGCUAGCAACGGGGCUUAUAGCAGCCAGGUGAUGCAGGGCAUGGGAGUGUCAGCAGCUCAGGCAACUUACAGUGGCCUGGAGAGCCAGUCAGUGAGUGGCUGUUACGGGGCUGGCUACAGUGGUCAGAACAGCAUGGGUGGAUAUGAUUAGUAUUGUAGGAACAUUUGGGUUAUUUCAAUCAAAAAUUUCACAGGCAGCCAAUAAAGCAGUCAAGAGCAGUUUAUAACUCUAGAGGAAGCUGGGGGACCCACUUUGCACCAUGAGUUUGUGAAAUCUGGAUUAAAAAAUUACCUCUUCAGUGUUUCUCAUGCAAACUUUUCUUCUAGCAUGUAAUAUUGAGUAAACUAAAACUAUUUUCUUCCGCUUUUCUCAAUUAACAUUUUUGGUAGUAUACUUAAGAGUGAUGUUAUCUGAGUUAAGUAGUGUUAAGUAUGUUGAGUGGAUCUUCAAGCACACCACAGUGGACGACACACUGGGGACACGUACUUUUCUGGAGAACUCAAAGGUGCUAGAUCCCUGAUGCAAAGAAGCAUUUCUCAUGUUCAUUCUAGUUUAUAUUUUCAUUUAAAAUCCUUAGGUUAAGUUUAAGCUUUUAAAAAGUUAGUUUUGAGAAUUGAGACACAAUACUAAUACUGUAGGAAUUGGUGAGGCCUUGACUUAAAGCUUUCUUUGUACUGUGAUUUCCUUUUGGGUGUAUUUUGCUAAGUGAAACUUGUUAAAUUUUUUGUUAACUAAAUUUUUUUCUUAAAAUAAAGACUUUUUCACAAUGA